UCCUGCAUUAGCUUCUGAUGGUGGAACUGUAGGAUUAGAAAAGCCUGACAGAUCUACAUCACAAUGUCACAACAUCCGUGGACUCACCCAUCUUGAGUCGAGGCGGGGAAGGCUGUUGUUGGUUUAGCAUCCAAAAGACAGCAGAGAACGUCUCGGCUAUUAGAAGGUAACUGUUAGCAUUAGCAGCUCCACCACACAGCAGAACUCCUCCAGGCUCAUCAGAGUUGCAGAGCAAACAGAGUCAGUGGUGGAGUCAUCUUGUUGUUAGCCAAUCAGAGGGGAGAUGUCCACAUAUCAGGAAAUGAGACUCCAGAUACUGCUGUCUUAGCUCAACUCUGAUUUGGCUUAUUUUAUAGUUCCUAACAAGGCGUUCAUUCCUACUAGAGAUCACUGUAAAUUAAUUAAGAUUUGAGUGAAGUUGACAAAGAAUCGACAAAGAUUGUCAGAGCACACGUAACGUUCCAGGAUGUACUUGGAAUAUCCAGACUUUGAAUGACUUCCAGAAUCCAUUGGUGUAAACCGGCCAAUCAGCACACAGCUCAUUUAAUAUACAUAUCCUGGCUAACUGGGCUGGAUAAAACAGUAUUUUCAUUGUAGGGCUUUAUUAUAGGGUUGUGUCUGGCCCUUUAUCAGGUCUCCUGGGUCAUUUUGAGCCCCAACAAAGUUUCACAACAGUUUCCAAUUGUAAGUAAUAGAACGUUAUUCUAGGACCUCUUUAAGCAGUUUUCAUUUUUGUAAAUGUUGUUUUUCAGCUUAAAAGUUUAAAUUAAACUCAGUCAAAAUCAGUAGCUUUAUUUUGUUAAAACACUUAUAAUUUAGUGUACAUGUCAGGUUUAAAUGGUCCUUUAUUGUCCUAAAGGUCGGUGGUUUCAGUUCUGGUCAUUUGAGCUGACUUCAGGAAAUGUUGAGACCCUCGUAGUAAAUUUAGCAAAAGCUAGCAAACUGAGAACGGUCACCGCAGGGGACUAAUUCCUUUUAUCAUAGCGCUCCAGGACACUCCAAAUCCUCGUCCGUAUACUUGAGUCUUAAACCAACCUGAAGUCUAGACAGACUCUAAAGCUGCGGUAAAAUAUCCCAAUCACCAAGUCAUUUGUAGAAGAUGUUCAAACACGUUUUGUUUUGUUUUUUACCCUAAAGCCUCAUUAAACCCGCUGUAAUUUCGUCAUCCAGUUGCUGUAGUGCACACGCACUCGGUGGUGUUUAAUGUCACAACUGCUGGCGAGUUGGAGGUGUAAUCCAAGCCCAAACUUCUGCAGUGCUGCGAGGAUUAAAGGUUUGAUUUCAGGGCUGGCAUGAACCAAUUAAAGCUUCUUUCAGCACAAGCAAACAUAUGGCGUCAAAGCCGGGCAGCACUAAUCUGCGUUGGAAGACUUCACUCAACCACGAGACUCUAGAAACGUCCCAUUUUUGUCUCCAUAUGACUCGAUAAUGACGAGAGGGCGAAUACGACCACAGAUCUGAUAACAUGGGUCUUUGAAAUCAAUCCAAAGUGCUUUUUUAAAAUUAUUUUUACUUCUCCUUCAUUUAAAAACUAUAAAUGCAUCUGUCAAAUCUUUCCUUUUAUCGUUAUUUAUGGGCUCUCAGGUCUUGAUGUUAACCUUUGUACCAAACGUGACAAUCAGCUCCUUAAUUGUAAAACUUUGUGAUCUGAUAAACCCCUAAAAGGAAUCAUUUAAUCGACCCUGAGCUGAUUGGUUCGUGCAUGCAGACGUUGUGAUGUCACUCCCUUUACAUGUAUGAGACGUCUGAGAGGUGGAAUUCGUUCAGAGACCUUGGAGGCAGAGUUUAUUGGGCUUUCAUGGUUUGUAGAAGCAGUUCUUCUCAGAGCAGAGCGGAGAACGUUCAUGUUUUUAAGUCCAGGCUCAAGACCCGUCUUUUUAGCAACAUUUCAUCAUGGAAUCACGCAGACGUUAGGACUCCAGCUCUGAUUUUUGUAAAAGACACAAGCGAAGGCAGACGUAGGAGAAGCACGCGUCGUUAAACGCAGCGGACUCUGGUGCCGAUGGGCGAGACGGAGGACGAGCGCACGGCUCGGGCCAGCCAGCUCUUUGAGAACUUUGUCCAGGCGUCCACCUGUAAAGGGACUCUGCAGGCCUUUAGUAUCCUCUGCAGGCAGCUGGAGCUGGAUCCUCUGGACCACAGCAGCUUCUACGGCUCGCUGAAAGCAGCAGUCAGCUCCUGGAAGGUCAAAGCUUUGUGGACUAAACUGGAUAAAAGGGCCCAGCAGAAGAUCUACAGCCAGAAUAAAGCCUGCCAGGGCACAAGGAGUCUGAUCAUCGGUGGGGGUCCCUGUGGUCUGCGGACAGCCAUCGAGCUGGCCCUGCUGGGCUGCAAGGUGGUGGUGAUUGAGAAGAGGGACACCUUCUCCAGGAACAACGUCCUCCACCUCUGGCCAUACACCAUCCAUGACCUCAGGGCUCUCGGGGCCAAAAAGUUCUACGGCAAGUUCUGCGCCGGCUCCAUCGACCACAUCAGUAUCCGCCAGCUGCAGCUGAUGCUGCUGAAGGUGAGCCUGAUCCUCGGAGUGGAGGUCCAUGUCAACGUGGAGUUUGUCAAACUUGUGGAGCCUCCAGAGGAACAAACAGAUGACGGCCCCGGGUGGCGAGCAGAGAUCCGUCCCUCCAGCCAUCCGCUCUCAGACUUCGGCUUUGACGUGGUGAUCGGAGCAGACGGGCGCAGGAGCACCUUAGAUGGAAUCGAUUUGGAGAACAUUGUUUACUACAAAGACAACACGCAUUACUUUGUGAUGACGGCGAAAAAGCAGAGCCUGCUGGACAAAGGUGUCAUCAUCAGUGACUAUAUAGAAACCGAACGCCUUCUGUCCGCUGACAAUGUCAACCAGGAGGCGCUGCUUUCCUACGCCCGCGAGGCCGCUGACUUUGGCACAAACUACGAGCUGCCAUCACUGGACUACGCCAUCAACCACUACGGACAGCCAGACGUGGCCAUGUUCGACUUCACCUGCAUGUACGCCUCGGAGAAUGCCGCCUUGAUUAGGGAGAAACAUGGCCACCAGCUGCUGGUGGCUUUGGUGGGAGACAGUCUUCUGGAGCCCUUCUGGCCGAUGGGAACAGGGUGUGCUCGGGGCUUUCUGGCUGCGUUCGACGCUGCGUGGAUGGUGAGGGGCUGGGCACAGGGAAAGAACUCUCUGGAGGUUCUGGCAGAGAGAGAGAGUAUUUACCGUCUGCUGCCUCAGACCACUCCGGAGAACAUCAGUAAAAACUUUGAGCAGUACUCCAUCGACCCAGCUACCCGAUACCCCAACCUCAACUCCAGCUGUGUGCGUCCUCAUCAGGUGCGUCACCUGUUCAUUGGCGGCCAGCAGAACUCGGGUCUGGUUGAAAAAGCAGGACCGACACGAAGAUCCGUUAACUUGGUUAGAAAAGAGUCCGAGGUCCGACCCAGCCGCCUGCUGACCUGGUGUCAGAAACAAACUCAGGGGUACCGAGGGGUGGAUGUCACUAACCUCACGUCCUCCUGGAGGAGCGGAUUGGCCCUGUGUGCUCUCGUCCACCGCCAGAGGCCCGAGCUGAUUGAUUUUGACUCUCUGAACGAGGAGGACGUGGCGAGGAACAACCAGCUGGCUUUCGAUGUGGCCGAGCGAGAGUUCGGCAUCCAGCCUGUGACGACAGGAAAGGAGAUGGCUGCGAGGGCUGAACCGGACAAGCUGCUGAUGGUCCUCUACCUCUCCAAGUUCUUCGAGGCCUUCAGGAAGUCAUCGCUCAACAACAUUUGUAAAGAAUCAGAUGAAAACGGUGAAGAGAAUCCGUCUAAAACCAACCACAGACUUCUGAACCUGCCUCAGCCCAGGAAGAGGACACCCAGGGAUGAGAAGAAACUAGAAGAUGAUUCGGUCAACAAGCGGCGACGGAAAGGCAACAAUUACCUCUCAGAGUUGUCCUGCCAUAGUGCGCCUCCUGCUGGUGAAGAUGGGGAGCUGCGCGAGAACAAGGUCCGCUCCAUGGCCACGCAGCUUCUGGCCAAAUUUGAGAACUCCUCAACAGCAACGCAGUCUGAAGACCCACUCAGUUCAUCUUCUUCUCCUCUGUCUCCUUCCACCCCCUCGUCAUCCUCAGAAGAGGAUGAUGAGGAAAAGGAGGAGGAAGAAUUAAACCCCCGUUUUGCCAAACCCAAAGACCUUCCUCCUCCUCCUCCUCUUCCUCUCCCUCGCCCUAAGUGGCAGCCUUCUGUUUACCUUCGUUUGCUGGAGAAUCCCAAUUCUGUGGUCCAACAGGCCAGUUUCCUUUCCUCUCCUGAACUUUCUCACCACUGGAGCAGCCACAGUCGAUCGCCAUCACCUUCUAAAAGUCCUUUAGGUGCUUCUCGCUCUCCGAGCCCUCUUGCCCCUGAGCUUCAUCUCCCAGAAUGCACCUCUCCCCAUUCCCAUAAUGUUUCUGCUCUCUGUCCUCCGGAUGCUGAUCCGGCCCCUGAGCAGCAGAGGAAAAACCAGAAGUUUUCCACUAGAGAAUUCUCAGGAAAGAGUAUAAAAGAGAGAGCUGUCCUCCUCUCCUCCAUGUUUCAUGGGUCCAAUAAGCCAUCUGCUGCUGGUUCUGGUUCACAGGUGGAACUCUCUGCUCCUCCUCCUCCAUCACCUCCUCCCUCUUUCCCCCCUCCUGCUCCCCUGUCGGAGUGUAAGCAGUCCAGCUCGUACCCGGUGGUCCACCCCGUCCCCGAUCCCUCUGCUCAUGCCAGUUUCUCCUCUGUCCCGUCCAUCUCCCAACAUAAAGAACAGACUCUCAUUCACUCGGCUUUACCUCCAUCAGCUCCCCAUCACUCAGAUUCCCUCACCUCCAGCGAGGAAACGCCUCCUCCCACUCCAUCGGUUUGCUUUGAUUGUUGUGAUGCUGAGCUGAGAAACGAGAGAAUAAAGAAUAGAGCGGAAAACCAGGAAAAGCGCACGAGCGGGGCAGAAAUAGAACGAUCUGAAAAGGAUCAUUUGAAGCGUACUGUGUGCUGCGACGACGAAGGCGCCAGAAAAGCCGUAGUUCGCUCUGAGAGCUGUCCCUCUGCAGCGCCUAGUUACAGUAAAGAGCGCACCGUUGGAAAGGUAUCUUCAGCUAUAGAUGCUAAAGCUCAGAUGCUGGCCAUCCUUUAUGAGACAGACCACAGGCCCGGUGCCAUGCCGUGUGUGGGGCGUAGAGAUGUUGCUGCUGGGCUCGGCGGCAGCGACGUCUGCCACUUCUGCACCAAACGGGUCUACGUGAUGGAGAGACUCAGCGCUGAGGGCUUCUUCUUCCAUCGCGAGUGUUUCCGCUGUGACGUCUGUAACUGCACGCUCCGACUGGGAGGACACAGCUUCGACUCUCGGGAGGUUAAAUUCUACUGUAAGAUGCAUUACGCCCAGCGCCGGUCCAGCUGUCAUCUGGGCCGGUUCAGAAGGAGAACGGAAGACCAAAGCAGCAUCAAACCCUCGUCUCUGGACGGCGGGAUCUACCCCUCCACAGGCGGCGCCCAACCUACAGGUGGAGCGUCCAGCCUGCAGGCGGAGCGGCUCUGUAAAGGUCAGAGGAUCAUUCCUGGAGAUGCAGAGAUGGCUGUGGAUGCUCUGGAGGCUUCCUGCAUAAUCGGCCCUGCAAAGGAGGAGGGACAAAGCCCGGACAGUACCAAAGGGCUCUCUAGCACCAAACACGGUAAUCGAUGGAAACGAAAGAUCCGCACGACCUUCCCUCUGAUAUUCAACAAACACAAACAAGAGACGGUUCCAGACUCCGCCCAAGCCGCCUCCACUGGAAAACGAGCCGACUCCAAAUCAACAGCAGAGGCCAAAAACCCCUCGGAGGGCAGCGAGAGGAAAGAUGAGCAAUCAGCGGCCAUAAAGUCGGCCUCCAGCGCUCCGAGGAAGCGCCUAGUCCUAACCCAGUCUGAUAAGGAGAAACUUCUGAACUGGGAGCUGAAACCAGAAGAAACUUCCACAAAUUCACCCCAACAUGAAAAGCAGGUUCAAGCAGAAGCCGAUGAGCUUCAGACGAACCCAAGCCAGGAUGGAACGACAUCCCAGAGCCAAACCUCGGCCUUUCAGGUCUUAGCCAACGCCUUCAGGAGGACGUUCAGUGGGAGCGCUCAGCCCAGCAGCUCCAAGACCGCUGUCGUAAUGAGACCCAAACGCGACGGCCUUUCCAAACGGAGGCCAGUGUCCGAAGGAGCGUUUGGCUUUAACUCGAAACUCAGCAACGUGGUUCAAAAUUCCUCAGAGGAGGAGAGGAGGACCAGUGUGCACGACGUCCGGUGGGCGUCUGUGAGCACAGAUCCGUGGGGGGCGGGCAGAGACCUGCCAUCCUUGUUGCAGCAGGUGUCCCUUAAUGGUCAGAGAGACCCUGAAGGAGUGUUUUCACACACCGCGAACCCACGCAGCAAAAGGCUCGACUUGUUUUCGUCUCUUCGGCUCAGAAAGAGGGACGUGCCAAAGGGCGAAGGGAGCGACCAGGAGGUCCAAAAAGAAAUCAGGACGUUCCUGUCUAACCUGAGAAACAAAGCCUCUAGCCAGCAGCAUUUGGAGGAGCUGUCGUCAUCAAGUGAUGAGAAUGAAACUCCGACAUCCAGCCUCAAGAUCUCUUCAGAGAAACAAAAGAAGAAGCAGGAAAAGAUGGCCGUCCAGCAGGCUAAGCGAGAGCAGCUGAAGAGGCUUCACAGAGCCCAGAUGAUCCAGAGGCAACUGGAGGAAGUUGAAGAGAAGCAGAGAGAUCUGGAGGAAAAAGGAGUGGCAAUAGAGAAGACCAUAAGAGCCGAAGACACGCCUGAGAUGGACGAUCGUGACGAGGCGCAGCUCUACCAGGCCUGGUUUCAGCUCGUUUUAGAAAAGAACCGACUGGCACGCUAUGAGUCCGAACUCAUGAUCUUUGCCCAGGAGCUUGCACUGGAGGACACCCAGAGCCGGCUGCAGCAAGAUCUAAGAUGCCGAAUGGUAAUUGAAGACACAAAGAAGAGUGCAUCUGAGCUGCAGGAGGAGCAGGAGAUCCUGGUGGAGAUCAUGAGGACGGUGGAGAAGCGGGACAUGUUGGUUUCCAUCCUGGAGGAGCAGCGGCUGAAGGAGAGGGCUGAGGACAAGGACUUGGAAAGCCUGAUCUUAUCUAGAGGCUACGAGUUUCACUGGGCUCACGGGAGCGACAGCUGAGAACUGGAGAAGCUGGAGUGAGGGAUGACAAUUGGGUGGAUUUCCAGCUGCAAAUCUUGAUGCUGAUGCUCACAUGCUGAAUCUGGAGACCUGGGGAGAAUGAAGAUUGAGCUUCUGGUCUCUGUUACAGAGCUAAAAACACUGGAUCUCUUGUGAAAAACUGACUUAUUUUUUACAGUAAAGCUUCACUGGAGAGCAUUAACAUGACUCAGCACUUCAUCUGAGGUGGGCUGUGCUUUGCACAACGUGAAUUGUUUUAAGUCUUUAUAAUAAUUCCUUAAAAUGUUUUAUAUAAAUCACUGUCCUUCACUGUGCAUCUGACUGUAAUUUAUUCAGCGUAUUUGAUGCAAUUUCACUGUUUUUGGAACACUGUAAAAAAGGUGUUUUUGCACCAAUAUGUCACCUUCCUCGUGAGGGGGUUGAAAUGUGUUCACUUUUAAUCCCUGCACAAAUCUCACGGCCUUUAAAUACAUUGUUCACGUUGGAAAUGAUAAAACACUAAAAGUAAUUUAUGUCACACUGGAAUAAACAAAUACAUAUGUCUGUCAGUUUUGCUGCUGUGAGUUUUUCAGAAUGAACUCUUGAUUAAAAAUGAACAUUUUUGCAUAUUGUAGUAAUGAUUUGCUCCGUUUAAUAAAUACUGAUGUGAUGUUAUCUCAUACAAAACGGAAGGUUUCAAACAACAAACGCAAAAGAACUAAAUAAAGAUGCAACUCACAAAAAUAAA